AUGUGUGAUACUAGUAGUCAAGUUCAAUUACCAGGUGGUCAAAAACAACGAAUUGCUAUUGCACGAUUACUUAUUCGUAAACCAAAAAUAGUUCUUUUUGAUGAAGCUACUUCUGCACUUAAUGCUGAAGUUGAAGAGAAAAUUAUGCAUAUAUUUAAUCAAACACGAAAAGAUCGAACUUGUGUUACAGUUGCUCAUCGUCUCUCAACUAUCAGAGAUAAUGAAAAGAUAAUUGUUUUAGUUCGUGGAAAACUUAAAGAAGAAGGAACUGAUGAACAAUUAUCCGCUAAUCCACAUGGAACAUAUUCUCAAUUACUUCUACCAGCUGGACUUAUUACAAUGACUACAAAAAAUACGUAUAAUACUGAAACUGAUUACUUUUAA